AGCAAAGUGUUUCCCUCCCCGUGUGGAGUCCGUAUGGAUGCGCCAGAGGGGAGCUUUUUGCGCUCAUAGGAGGGAGGGACGAACCAAGUCAAGUUCGGAUCAGAUCAGGAAGGAAGAAAGGAAGGAAGGAGCGCACCGGCACAACGAGACAGACGGCACCAGGGGAGAGACGCGCGUUUUUUUUUUUGUGCCAUUACGCAUUAUUAUUAUUUUCUUUUUGCUCGCAUCGAUUGAACCGACAGAGUUUCCUUCAGGAAAGAAAGUGAAGAGGAUCCUCAAGCGACACGGGGGGAGUGAUGCAGCCGGCGGAGAGAUGGAGUUUGCUGCUUCUUCUCGUGGGUUUGAUGGCGCAAGACUGCUUUUCAUCCAAGGCAGAGGACCGGCUCUUCAGGAAACUGUUCAGAAGAUAUAACCAGUUUAUCAGACCAGUGGAGAAUGUCUCUGAUCCCGUCACUGUGGAGUUUGAGGUCUCCAUCUCGCAGCUGGUCAAAGUUGAUGAAGUGAAUCAGAUCAUGGAAACAAAUUUAUGGCUCAGACAUAUUUGGAAUGACUACAAGCUGCGAUGGAUACCAAUGGAGUUCGACGGGAUUGAAUUCAUUAGAGUUCCAUCAAACAAAAUCUGGAGACCCGACAUUGUGCUCUACAACAAUGCUGUAGGGGAUUUCCUGGUGGAGGAUAAGACCAAGGCUCUGCUGAAGUUUGAUGGUACCAUCACCUGGGUUCCUCCAGCCAUUUUCAAAUCCUCCUGCCCCAUGGACAUCACCUACUUCCCCUUCGACUAUCAGAACUGCUCCAUGAAGUUUGGCUCCUGGACCUAUGACAAAGCCAAGAUUGACCUGGUACUUAUUGGGUCUAAGGUGAACCUGAAAGACUUCUGGGAGAGCGGCGAAUGGGAAAUCAUUGACGCUCCGGGCUACAAGCAUGACAUCAAGUACAACUGUUGUGAGGAGAUCUACCCAGACAUCACCUACUCCUUCUACAUUCGGCGCCUGCCACUCUUCUACACCAUCAACCUCAUCAUCCCCUGCCUCCUCAUCUCUUUCCUCACAGUGCUGGUUUUCUAUCUCCCGUCCGACUGUGGAGAGAAGGUCACGCUCUGUAUCUCCGUCCUGCUCUCCCUCACUGUGUUCCUGCUCGUUAUCACCGAGACCAUCCCCUCCACGUCGCUGGUCAUCCCGCUCAUUGGAGAGUACCUGCUCUUUACAAUGAUCUUCGUCACACUCAGCAUCGUCAUCACCGUGUUCGUGCUCAACGUACACUACCGCACGCCAAUGACCCACACUAUGCCGGAUUGGGUGCGCUCGGUGUUUCUCAAAGUGCUGCCGAGGAUUAUGCUGAUGCGGAGACCGAUUGACGAAGACAGCAAGGCUGGGGGGUUGGACAGCAGUGGGGAGGCAGGAGGAGCUGGAGGGGGAGGAGGAGGCGGAGGAGGGAAAGGAGGGAAGAAAAGAAAGAAUAGCUUAAUGCAGCAGGUCGGAGGAGGCUCCCUUAACUGUCUCGAGUUCGGGGAUAGUAAGUUCUCGUCCGUGGAGGGCUGCACUGGGAAGAAAUGCCCUUGCCCCUGCCAGCAUGGGAAUGAGGCCCCAGAAACGCCAGACAUGGGGAAGAUAACACGUCAGCUGAGUCCACAGAGCAUCAACACGGUGGUGGCCUUUUCUGUGGUGUCGCCUGAGAUCAAGCAGGCCAUCGAGAGUGUCAAGUACAUCGCUGAGAACAUGAGGAGUCGCAACAAGGCCAAAGAAGUGGAGGAUGACUGGAAGUACGUUGCCAUGGUGAUCGACAGAAUCUUCCUUUGGGUGUUUGUGACCGUGUGCGUCCUGGGAACCGUGGGCCUCUUCCUCCAGCCUCUUUGUGGCUUUGUCUCAUAACUGCUAACCGAUCAGGGAUCACCGUCGCCCUGUGUCGACCAAUCCUGAACAAGUGACUAACUCUCAGUUCUCAGUUGACCAAUCAGAAUACAGACUUUUGAGUGCUAAAGCACUAUUUGGUGUGCUGGUUUUGCUUCUUGUCUUUUGCAGAGAGCAGUAAUAUGGAAACAUUGAAGUUGAGGAAAAAAAAGCGUUUUUCAGACGGGCUGGUAAACAACAGAUACAAAGGUUAUGAUGCCUUAAUUGUAUGCCUUUAAGACUGCUUAUUUCACCAAACAAUAAUUGCCAUAGAACCUACACAAUACUUAAAAAGACAUAAUCUUCACAGAAACAAGGGGAUAUCUACAAAGUGUGUUCUUUCAGCAUUUCUGACCAUUUGCACAAGUUCAAGAAAAUAAACUUUAUUUUAAUUAUUUAUAAUUCAUAGUUCACAGGAAUUAAAUGUAUCUCUGUUUUGCAAGGUUUGUCAGUAUGUGUGACAACAGGCCCAGAGAUUACUGAACAGUGCAGUUACUGUAGCCUAGCCAGCAAUACAAAGCAGUUACUGUGGUUUGUUGUUUUGUUUAGCUCCGUUUGUAGCAAAUUUUACACUUAAAUUGUUUGUAUGGCAUAAUGGAGAGGUCCUAACUGAAUUUUGACAAAAUGUUUAGUUACUGUAUUUUAGCCUUGUAGUGUUGAUCCCUGCAUCGUUUUAAAGAGAUAUAUUCAAGUUUUUCUGGGAUCAAAACUUAGCACAUCCAGUAGUCCUUCAGGACUGGAACCAGAGAAUUAACAUCCAACAGAUGUUAGCGAACUGGGAACUCUCCACAUCCAGUAGACGUGACACAAACUCUCUAACACACUGAAUUCAACCCUGCAGCAGCCAACUCUCCCCCCAUUGAGCUGACUGAUGACUGUCAUACCGGCUCCCCAUUCUGAUUCAUCAAGCUGCUCACCGUCAGAGCCGAUCGCGCUCACCGCUUUUUGUGUCGUUUACGAUUAGAGUUCAGAAAUUCUGGCGCACCUGGCAGCGCUUUUAACAAAUAAGGGCAGGCUGUUCUUUUUUUUUUGUAAUUAGAAAACCAUGUGUUUAUAAAUGUUCUCUCUGAUUAAUGUUCCACGAGGUAAUUGGUUGGCCUGGUAAAUAUUGGAUUAAACGGUACUUGAUUAGUUUCUCCUGAAAUAGCAUUUCAUCUAUUAAUUCACGAGAGGAUUCUAUGAUCCAAUUCCAUGGCUAUUAAUUUAAUCUUUUUUUUUUUUCUUGUCACUUUUGAUUAAGUUUACUAUAAGGAGCAAACAUACAAUGCACGAAACAUGCAUGACAGAAUUUUUAUUGCUUGGACCACAAAUAUGUCGUUCGAUUACAUCACUAUAAAGGUACUGCUUAAUAUAUUCAAUUUCAUUUAUUUAUUUAUACGUUUUGGUUAUAUGAUGAAGAAAUGCAAAACUCAUGCUGAAGGGAGCAAACAUGUUUGUACAAGUGAUCUUUGCCUUUUUUUUGUCUUUGAAAUUAAAUAAAUGCAAUAUUUGUUCAAAUAAA